AUGGAAGAUCAACAACAAAAGCAACAUGUUCAGUGUCAAAGUUCCAAUACUAAUAAUCCAAACAACAUUGAAAGGAGUGAAACUGUGAGAUCAAGAUGGACACCAAAACCUGAACAAAUCCUUAUACUUGAAUCCAUUUUCAAUAGUGGAAUGGUUAAUCCACCAAAAGAUGAAACCAUUAGAAUAAGAAAACUUCUUGAGAAAUUUGGUUCUGUUGGUGAUGCUAAUGUUUUUUAUUGGUUUCAAAAUCGCCGAUCUCGUUCUCGUCGCCGUCAAAGGCAGAUGCAAGCCGCCGCUCAACUAAGCGGUGGCAGUGCAAAUCCAUACCACCAAUACCACUGCAGCACCAAUAGUGCUAACAGUUUGUCUCUUGGUGCUGCAAUUGGUUUUGGUGGUUCGUCUAAUUUCACUAUGAAUUCUUCAUCUUGUAAUUCAUCAUAUAAUAAUAACUUUUCUGGUUCUUCUUCAUCAUGUGGUCUUGGAGUUGGUCUCGGCGUCCGUGUUGGUGGUGGCGGAGAUGAAGGGUUUGGGGGUUUGUUCUUAGGUUCUACUCCAAUUAAUUUCUCUGAAACUGAUCAUACCUCAGCUGCUUCAUCAGCUUUGUACCCUUCAAAUCAUGCUUCAAAUUUCAACUUCCAUUCAGGAUUUGGGGGGAGCAAUGUUUCAAGUUUGAUCACAGUGCUCAUCAAUGGGGUUGCAACCGAAGUUCCAAGGGGUGCAAUUGACAUGAAAUCAAUGUUCGGUGAAAAUGUUAUGUUAGUUCAUUCUUCUGGAGUCUUAGUUCCAACCAAUGACUUUGGUUUCUUGAUGCAGAGCCUGCAGAAUGGUGAAAGCUACUAUCUGGUUUCAAAGCAAACCCAAGCAUGA